AUGGAUGAAUAAUCAGUGAGAAAGUAAUUAGUAAAGCCCCUUGAAAUCAAUAAAUCAAACUAAUGUGACAUUGACUGCUUCGUAAUUGGAGAUUGGAAUUUGUUCGAGCAAGUAGAAAUGAAGAAAAUUUUUAAUCUUGAGAACUUAAAUGACUCAGUCAUUAGAAAUUAUGUGGAGAAAACAACAUCGAACAGUAUGAUCAAAUUUAAUGUGUAUCGAACUUAACUGACUGCGAAUGUUUGUCAUUCGCAGGAUUUCAUUCAUUAUAGAAAUCUAGAGGCACAUUCUAGCACCAUUCUCAUUUAAUAUGACUAUGGAACUAUAAUCUUAUUUGAAUUAAGAGAUAACGAUUAAUUUGAAGAUGCCAGAGAAUUCAUAGAGACAAUAAGAAGAAAGUAUUCCACUUAGCAUUUUAUGGUACUAGUAGGGUUUCAUUAUAGAUAUGAUCCUAGAAGGCAUAAGCCUUAUGAGUUUUACUCCUAUUAUGCAAGAGAAAAUAAUUGUGGCUACUUGGAAAUGUCAAUUGAUUCUGGAUAAAAUUAUUAUGAAGCGAUUUUAUUGACUGUGCUAUAAAAGCUUGAUUUCACAGAAGAAUCAGAAAAGUGA